UUUACUGUGGUUCUUGAGCAUGUUUACAGUGAUGCAUGCAAUGGUGCAUGUUUACAGUGAUGCAUGCAAUGGUGCAAGGAACCGACGGACCUUAUCGGUUACGGUUAUCACUAUCAAGUGACCUGCACAUGGAGAAAAGAUGAGACCACGGUCCAGUGAUCAUUGGCUUUGCUGGAAGAACAUGCAUGUUGGAAGGUGGGGAGAAAGGAGAGGGAAUGAAAUGAAGCUAUAGCCUAUAUGUACUCCGGAACAAGCAAGGCAAGCCCAUGUUACCCUGUUAGUGUUAGGCAUAAAUCCCUUGAUCUGGUAAGGCAUUUCUGACCUACUUGACCUCCUGCUUCUUAAAAUCUCAUCUUCUUUUCCUGCUAGAAUUUUUGCUUUCUUCUGCAAUAAAUAACAACUGCAUAGAAAUGAUGCAGAUGAUUUUAAUUUUGACUGCAUGUUACAUACCAGGAAUCCUGUCCUCAUAUUCUCACGCGUUUUCAGCCAAAAAGGGAAGAAAUUCGAAAGCAUUCUAAACCGCCUUUUGCCCUACUUGUGUACCUGUCAGUUGAAUUUCCUCCACUCCAUCCAUCUUGAGCUAGCUUUCUGAAACACAUCAAUUACAAGAUAACAAGAAUACGUGUUCAGCCCACUUGCUGUGCUGCUGCUAUAAAGACGUGCCGCUCGUCAAUCUCCACAGCCUCUUACUAUAAUCUUCUCUAUCUCUGCAUGCAGAUUGCUUGCUUGCUUAUCUCAUUGCUUUUGCAUAAUUGCCCUGAGAUCCUGCCUUUCUGCUAUUUUAAUCCAUGAUUUCAUCUUGCAGUUGCAGACAAGAACAGCAAGGCCAGGUCCAGCAAUAUGAGCCUGAACUCUGAAGAAGGUUUGAUGUGCCAGGCUAUAUCACACUCGUCACAAUCGAGUGCCCCUUCCCUGAGCUCAUGCCACUACCAGUGCGUCUCCACACUCAGAGGCCACUCCUCCUACGUGUCUGGCCUCGCCGUCGACGGCAAUUCGCUCUACGUCGCCUCGUCGGACGGACACAUCAGGAUGUGGCCACUGGACAUGGGCAGCACGACCGUGCAACAGCAGGGCUCUGUUGUUGCCGUCACUGAUAGCUCCAUAAAGUGCCUCAUGGCCACCAGCGAUGGUCUUCUCAGCGCUCACCAGGACGGCAAGAUCCGGGUGUGGCAGCCGGCCGGCCGGCGGAAAGACGGGAGCAGCCACCUCGCCCUGCACGGCGUGCUGCCGACCACCGCAGACUGCCUGCGCACAUUCCUGUUCCCCAAGAACUACGUCGACGUCCGGCGGCACAGGAGCCGCACCUGGGUGCACCACGUGGACGCGGUCACCGCGCUCGCCCUGUCCCCGGACGGCGGGUACAUGUACUCCGUGUCCUGGGACCGGAGCCUCAAGGUGUGGCGCCUGCCCAGCCUCCGCUGCGUGGAGUCCAUCGCGCCGGCCCACAACGACGCCAUCAACGCCGUCGCCGUGUCGUCCGACGGGCACAUCUACACCGGGUCGGCCGACCGGACGAUCAAGGCGUGGAGGCGAUACCCGGGGCAGAAGAGGCUCGCGCUGGUUGGCACCAUGGAGCGGCACAGGUCGGCAGUGAACGCGCUGGCGAUGGGCGUCGGCGGGCUGGUUCUCUACUCCGGCUCGUGCGACCAGUCCGUCGUCGUGUGGGAGGGCUUCGACGCCGGAGGAGCGGCGGUCACCAGUACGCUCAGGGGGCACGCCAAGGCGGUGCUGUGCCUGGCCGCCGCCGGCGACGUGGCGUGCAGCGGGUCCGCGGACAGGACGGUGAGGGUGUGGCGGCGGGGUGCGGAGGGUGGGUACUCCUGCUCGGCCGUCCUGGACGGCCAUGGCGCGGCCGUGAAGAGCCUGGCAUUGGUGUUGAUGGGAGGCGACCACGACAGCGAGCGCGAGGAGAGCCCGCGAGGUGGCUGUUCCGCUCUGGUUUGCAGCGGUUCGUUGGACUGCGAUGUGAAGAUCUGGAGGGUGUCUUUGACUUGAUUAUUAGAGGUAGGUCUAAGCCGGCUUCAUGUCUGUAUUUUGAUCCGUGCAUGCCAUGAAGAUCGGGCCUUUGUCUCACUGGCUAUCUUGUGUACUUCCAUGGUGCGUUUAUUGGGGAGGUCACUGAUCUUCAAGUUGAGUUGAGAUGAGUUGAAGGGAAAGUUGUAUGUUUGGGAACGGAGGUGGACGUCCCAAUCGGGAUGGGUCUCAGUUAGUUUGUCAUAUGUGUUUGUCCAUGAAUAUACUACGCACUAGUGGCAGUGGCGCGAUUGGGCGGCUACCGGAGUGGUCAGUAUUCAACGUGGAA